UGUAGUUCUUCAUAGUGAAUGUGAUUUAAAUCUGACAUCAUUCCUAUUGACUUGAAAUUUGAACCUUAGUGUUAUUCUUACUGAAAAUUGUCUUUGAGUUUGAUAAAUUCCCUAAUGAUAUUGACUCUUUUAAAUUAACAUUUAUUACCCGUUUCUGAGCUAUAUAGAGCUUAAAUGAAAAACAAAAAAGUAUUUUUGAUUAUUUUUUCAUAUUUUUGAGUAAUGAGAUACCUAUAGCAGUGGAACAUAUAAAUAUUUUUUUAGUGGAGGAGUGUUUUUUUUUUUUAAUAAGUGGAAUUUCAAGAAAUAAUAUUGACAGAAUUUGAAAGUUACAAAAUCUUGGAGUAUCAUUUAACAUUUUUCUCUCAAUGGUUUUCUGUUUAAAAUUUGCAAUGAGUUUUUUUUUUUCCCCUAUUUACUGAGAAAUUAGAUUAAUUGGAAGAAUCUAUAUUUAAUGCCGAAGAAAUAAAUAAGCCCUCCUAUUUGUUGCAACUUAUUGUUUCUUGAAAUGAAUUAUGUAAACAGCCAAAAAGUUAAAAAUAAAAGAUUCUUGGUGAUUAAAUUUUUCCCAUUUUGCCUUGCUGUAUGAGGAGUUUACAAAUCAGAAUGUCCUUGGGUUACAAACAUCACAUGAAUCUUUGGUCCAGUUCUUUUCAGUGUAUGGAGCCGGGCAGCAGCCUAUCCCACUUGGAGGGGAGGUUCCAGACCUUGUACAUUAAUGCUGUGCUCAAAGUGGAUUUGCAGACAUGAUGCCAUUGUUAUCUCAGGAACUGAAAUGGCCAAACAAAUCCAGAAAGAAAUCCAGCGAGGUGUGGAGUCAUGGAUUUCCCUUGGGAACAGAAGACCUCGCCUCAGUAUCAUUUUAGUGGGCGAUAACCCAGCAAGCCACACAUACGUCAGGAAGAAGAUCAGAGCCGCCUCUGCUGUAGGUAUCUGUAGUGAGAUCAUUCUAAAACCUAAGGAUGUUUCUCAGGAAGAACUUUUGGAUAUAACUGAUCAACUGAACAUGGACCCAAGAGUCAGUGGCAUAUUAAUUCAGUUGCCACUACCAGACCAUGUGGAUGAGCGAACAGUAUGCAAUGGAAUUGCUCCCGAAAAAGAUGUAGAUGGAUUUCAUAUUAUCAAUAUUGGAAGACUGUGCCUUGAUCAGCAUUCUCUCAUACCCGCCACUGCCAGUGCUGUUUGGGAAAUAAUCAAAAGAGCAGGAAUUGAAACAUUUGGAAAAAAUGUGGUUGUGGCUGGAAGAUCCAAGAAUGUAGGGAUGCCCAUUGCCAUGCUUUUACACACUGAUGGAGAGCACGAACGGCCAGGAGGUGAUGCAACUGUGACGAUAGCUCACAGAUAUACCCCCAAAGAACAACUGAAGAUCCAUACUCAGCUGGCAGAUGUUAUUGUAGUAGCUGCAGGUAUUCCAAAGUUGAUUACUUCUGAUAUGGUGAAAGAAGGUGCUGCUGUAAUUGACGUGGGGAUCAACUAUGUCCACGACCCCGUGACGGGAAAGACAAAAUUAGUUGGAGAUGUGGACUUUGAAGCUGUUAAGAAGAAGGCUGGUUUUAUCACUCCAGUUCCAGGAGGCGUGGGACCCAUGACAGUGGCGAUGCUUCUGAAGAACACCCUUAUGGCGGCUAAAAAGAUCAUUUACUAGAUUACAUGAAAGAAUAAAGCAAGCCGAAGUCAUGCUAUUUAUUUAUUUGACGAAGGGCAAAAACCUUUAUAUUUUACUACAAAGGUAUUUAUGUCUACAUUGUAUUUAUUUUUCCACGGAUGGAAUCAUUGUGGAUCAGAUGAUUCAUACAACUUUGUGCAUUUCCUGCUAAUGGACUUUGAAUUUUAGGAAAAAACAAAACAAUUCCAAUGAAAACUUUGGUAGCAAUUAUUUUGUGAAUAAUAUUUGUUCAUAAUGUUAAAACAAUGAAGGGCUCAUAAUAAAUGAAUAUAUUUUUGAACCAAUUAAAUAUCACACACAGUAUGUUUUCAACAACUGUUUUGUCAGCCAAAUGGGCACCCAUGUAAAAUAUAAUUUAGGUUUUGCUAUGAGCAUGCUCAAUUUUUAUAUAUUUUAUGUUCUAUAUCAUAUGCUGAAAAAGAGCUACUCGCUAAAAGAAAGAUAAAAUAUUAAAAAUAAAAUCUGGAUCUCAUACAUCUCCUAAAUACAUCCUAUGAGGCAUCCUAAUGAGAAAUGAUGCUCUAUUCAAAGAAAGAAAAAUAUACAAGGAAGGCAAAAAAUGCAGUGCUACUUGGAAAUAGUUAUUUCACAUUGUAAAUGACUACUUGCUAUAGUUAAAAUAGAAUAUGUUAGGUUUACAUGUAAGUUAUUUGUUCUUCUAGAAAAAUAUUUGGACAAUAACUUUCCUUGAGGAAUAAUGGAAAAUCCAAACACAAAUAAAUAUACAGAACAAAACUAACGUCGUAUUUUCCCACAAAUAUCAGAAAAAUAUGAUAUAGUAUGAGCAAGGACUUCAUUAAAAGAGCAAAUGUUAUGUUUGUUCACAAAUUCAGAAAUAUAAUAGGAAAAUUUGACACUUACAAUGUGCCAAAGCUAAACCUUAGGAUAUGACUAAAAACCUACUGCUUCGUUGCCCAUAGUUCUUCUCUCUUCUGUUAUGGCAUUUAGUUCCCAAAGUAGAUGCCAUGUUUCUAACACAAUUUAAAUUAGGAAAUACAUGUGAAUGGCAGUUGAAGGCUAUUUUGAGACUAUGCUAGGCACAUAAUUGUAUUGUUUUCAUGCCCAAAUCCCAGUGUGUUUAUGUACCAGCAAUGAUUCUUACCCAAUGCAUGUCUUCAUCAUUGUGAACUCUUGAUCGUUUGUGUGAAAAUAGACUAGAUGUUUGUAAUUAAUAAUAUUUCAACUGUAUAAUAAAAAAAAUUUGA